UGAACCCACGUACGACACAUGGCACGCGUCUCAGCUCUUGGCGGCUUUAAUGUGCUCGUAUUUUCGCAGCAGCCAGUGUCAGUAGCUGUGGCCGAGGUAUUCCUCUAUUCGAGAUGACGAUGACGCGGGGUCCCUUGGAGUGAGGCAUUUACCAUCUUGCUGUCUGCAGAAUAUGGACCCGUUUUGGUGAAGAUGAGCCUUGCAUCAUCAUCGGGCCGGGUCCACGUCUCAUGAGAUACGACCCCACACAAGAAUAGUUCUUGGAGUUUUUGAUUUGAUUUAAUUGCAGUGUGUUCGCUAUGUGCCAUGUCAUUUUUCGUCCACACUGUCCUGCUCUUUUUCCAAGCGGUGAUCGUCACUUGAGUGGCCAAGCGAACACCCAGAUUCCCUUGGAAGCACGUAAACUGGCCGUAGCCGGGAUCCAUUUAACCUCUUUGGACUUGGUCUGUGAUGAAUUCUAGUUUUUAAAUAUAUGACUGCAUGUUGAGCUCUUUGACUGGACUGGAUAUGUUUGCUCACCUGUGUGGUAUGGAUUCGGAAUAAAAAUGUAUCAUGGAUCGGGACGGGUACAUGUGUGCAACAAUAUCUGUAAAAUACCUGUACGGCCGCGUAUUCGAGUGGCGUUUGAGUUGGUGGUGUGUGAAAAGCAGUUUACGUAGCCAACAACUUGAUUCUCGUGGUGCAACAGAAUUUCUGAUGAUUUUUGAUUGUAUCGUAAAUCAGAAUGAACGUUUUGCUUUUGCGACAAAUAGGGACGGAUAUUCGUAAUAUUCAAAAGCAUGCAUAGAUAACUAUACUUAGCUACAACCCGGAUAAAGUAAGUACUGAUGCAGUUGGUCCUGAUGCGAAUCCACUGUCGUGUUUCCACUGUCCUUCAUUUACAUCUUCGCUCAGAGAUUGGCACAGAGUGCUGCGACUUGAACCAUGUACGACUGUGCGAUAACUUUUUGAACGGCACAGGACAUGAUCGAGUAAAACACAAGAACAGGUUCAUUUUGGAAACGAAUCUCCGACAUCGAAUACCAAAUCAACUGGGAAUGUUCGAUAAUUCGCAACAAACAAGUGCAUUGCAUUAUGACCAGCUACAAUCUAUUGUUCUGUCAAUUUAUUCAGAGAAAUGCUUCAACCCUAGCCGUUCAUAUUCACCAGGUACUGAAGGAACGUUGGGCUCUGGAUUAAAAAUAAAAAAACGGACACAAUCAUAUGCUGCAAAAUAAUAAUUAAAUGUCUUCA